AUGAUUAUGACAGUACAUGAUCACCCACCCAAUCCUUCUGCUCGCUCACAUGGACCCGUUGAAAUACUUAAAGCAAUCAAGGGGCAAACACUGGCCGAUCACCUAGCAGUACACUCUCUGCCCGAUUACCAACCACUGAAGACCUUCUUACCUGACGAGGACAUCCUCAUGAUUGAGGAAGAAGAAGAAAGAAAGGUGGGAGAGUGGACGCUCUUCUUCGACGGAGCUACAAACUCAAAAGGAAGUGGAGUAGGCGCUAUACUCUACUCUCCCAAUGAUGUUCCAAUUCCUAUAUCUAGGCGGUUGGCAUUCCAAUGCACUAACAAUGUAGCUAAAUACGAAGCAUGUAUUGCUGGUUUAAGAGAUGCCAUCAUCCUCAAUGUGAAGAAGUUGCGAGUCUUCAACGAUUUACAGUUCAUUAUCAAUCAAACAAAUGGCGACUGGAGGACUAAGGAUGAAAAGUUGAUCCCUUAUCACGUCUAUCUAGAGAAUCUAACUGAGGAAUUUGAAGAGAUCAUGUUCUCUUACAUGCCCCGAGCCAAGAAUCAAUUUGCAGAUGCCCUGACAACUCUCACCUCGAUGCUGGAAAUCCCGAAAGGAGCUGCUGAAUGGGAACUUACCGUCGAACUUCAGGAAGAACUCGCAUUCUGCCUGCAAAUAGAUGAAGUCGAGUCUUCUCCAAACAACCAAUCAUGGUACAUAGACAUCAAAGAAUAUCUCGAGCAUCAGAAGUUCCUAGAAAGAGUGACAUCAACUGAUCGUUGCACGAUCCAACGGCUAGUAGCCCAGUUUACGAUUACAGGAGGUAUCUUUUACAUGUGGUCCUUCAACCAAGUCCUUAUCUGCUAUGUGGAUGAAAUAGAAACAGCACAGAUCAUGUCAGAGGUCCACGAAGGACUAUGCGGUCCACACAUGAACGGACAGAUGAUGGCAAAGAAGAUCCUAAGACUUGGUUACUAUUAG